AGGCCAAGGCCGACAGACCAGGGCCAAGGCAGACCAGAGGACCGACCUCUGCAACCUGUAGUCUCCCGCGCCCUCAGGCCGCCAUGGACGUGCCCUGGUCCCUGGGCUUCCUUCUGGUCCUCAUAGGGAGCCCCCUCACCCACGCUGAGCCGCUGUACGUGCUUGUGACACCCCGCAUCCUGCGGGUGGGAAGCCCGGAGAACCUCCACGUCCAGGCCCACUCGGAUUCUACGCGGCGCCUCGAGGCGCCCCUCGAAGUGAACAUUACCGUGUGGGACUUCCCCUUACGGGAGACGGUGGUGGCAACGAGUCAGCUCCUUCUGUCACCAGCAAAUGACUUCAUGGUCCAGACACCCGUGACGAUUCCUGAGAGACUGGUGUACCCCCCAAAACCGGGACAGCAGUAUGUCGUCAUCCGGGUAAACUGGGCACCCGCCUCAGACUCCUCGUUCAUGGAGAAGAGAGUGUUGCUGGCCCCCCAUGCUGGCUACAUCUUUAUCCAGACGGACAAGCCUGUCUACACCCCUGAGCACUUGGUUCAGUACCGGGUGUUUGCUGUGGACCACAAGAUGGAUCCUGUGUCCAGAACAUUCACACUGGAUAUCAAGAACCCAGAGGGCGUCACCGUGACCAGUCAGAAUCUGCUGGCCAAGGGAGGGCUCUUCGCCAAUUCCUUCCACCUGCCCGAGCUUGUCAGUUUGGGGACCUGGACCAUCGAAGCCAGUUACCCAAGUGGAGCCAAACAGAAGUUCAAGGCUGCCUUUGACGUGAAGGAGUACGUGCUCCCACCUUUCGAGGUCCAGCUGCUGCCGAACAAGACGUUCUUCUACCUCAGUGACCAGGCGCUCGGUGUCGAUAUCCAGGCCCGGUACGUGUUCAACAAACCGGUGAGCGGACACGCUCUGGCCAUCUUCGGGGUGAAGAUGGAUUCCCGCCGGAUCCCCAUCCAGAGCUCUCUGCAGAAGGUGGAGGUCUCUGAUGGCCAGGGCCACGUCUCCCUCCAGAAGGACAAGAUGAUGGCUAUGUUCGAAGGCCCAGAAGAGGAGUUCAUAGGAGCUUCGAUCUUCGUCAACGUCACCGUGUUCUCUUCAGGGGGCGAGAUGGUCCAGGCAGAGACCUCGGGGGUGAAGAUCACCCAGACCCCAUACAACAUCAGGUUCACCAGGACGCCGCAGCAUUUCAAGCCGGGGAUGCCCUUCCACUUGAGGGUCCUUGUCUCAAAUCCUGAUGGGUCUCCAGCCUCCCACGUCCUCGUCCGCUGCCAAAAUCACAAAGUGUACUCCUCAGAUGACGGGGUGGCCGCUCUGACCAUCAACACAGAUGCAAGUGCGAAAGAGCUGCACGUCUUGGUGGAAACUGAUGACCCCCGCUGGCCGAAGGCUUCCGCUAGGAUGACAGCUUGGCCUUACUUGACUCAGGAGGGACUGGGCAACUUUCUGCACAUUGAAGUAAAGACACUGGGCACAGAGGUUGGCAGCAGCAUCCAACUGAGCCUCAACACAAGACACCGGGACUCCACAGCCAAGGACAAAAUCACUCACUUCACCGUUCUGAUCCUGAGUAAGGGUCGGAUUGUGAGUGCCAAACAUCAGCCGAGGAGCCCAGGGAGUGUCUACACGUCAGCCAUUGUUGAAGUGACCCCCGAAAUGCUGCCCUCCUUCCGCAUCGUGGCCUUUUACUUACUGCCCAGGGGAGCGCACCAGGACCCCGAGCUGGUGGCUGAUUCCAUAUGGAUCGAUGUGAAGGACAGAUGCAUGGGGACACUAAAGGUUGGAUUGAAGAAUACUGAAUUCACCCAGACUCUGGAGCCCAGCAGCAAAGUGAACCUAAAGGUGACAGGUGACGCAGAGGCCACCGUGGGGCUGGUAGCAGUGGACAAGGCUGUCUACAUUUUGAACAGCAAACACAGGCUCACCCAGAAGAAGGUCUGGGAUGUGGUGGAGGAGCAUGACCCGGGCUGCACAGCGGGCAGCGGAAGAGACAGGUUCGCUGUGUUCAAGGAUGCGGGGCUGGACCUGAUGAUCAGCACAGGGAUGUACACACCGGCAAGCUCAGACUGGCACUGUCCCCAGAGUCCCCCUCCCAGCCGCCGCCGCCGCUCCCUGAAGAGACUGGAGACAAAGAGGAAUGCAGUGAACAACUUCACGACCGAGCUGGAGCGGAACUGCUGUGAGGCUGGACUCCGGGAGAGCCCGGUGGGGCUGUCCUGUGAGAAGAGAGCCGGGCAUGUCCGCCACGGUCCGGCCUGUGUGGCGGCUUUCCUGGGCUGCUGUCGCCUGUCUGAGACGCUGACUCGGGAGGCCCGGGAGGAGCAGCUGCUUCUAGGAACAACCGACGAGGAUGACGACUUGGAUGACCUCUUCGAGGAUAACACCCCUGUCCGCACCUUGUUCCCUGAGAGCUGGCUCUGGAGGAUCUUCACUCUGCCAAAAAGUGAAUCGGGCAUCUCCCAUCACUCCAUCUCUCCGAACGUGCCAGACUCCAUCACCACCUGGCAGUUUGUAGCAGUCAGCUUCAAAGAAGGAAGAGGUCUCUGCAUCUCUGAGCCCUUCGAGCUGGUAGUUACAAAAACGUUCUUCGUGGACCUGAAGUUGCCCUCAUCUGUGAUCAAGAACGAGCAGGUGCAGAUUCAAGCCAUGCUGUACAACUUCAGGGAUCGCCCGGUCAAGGUCCGAGUGGAGUUCCCGCAUAAGGAGCCGCUCUGCAGCUUGUCCAGGCCCGCCGCCCCGCACCGCCAGGUGGUGGUCGUGCCCCCCGCCUCCUCCAAGAUGGUGCCUUUUGUGCUGCUCCCGCUGGAGACGGGCCAGGUGGAUGUGGAGGUCAAGGCCAGGGGCAACGGUUUCCAGGACCACGUCAGGAAGACUCUCUCCGUCCAGGCGGGAGGUCAGAUAGAGCGAAUGUUCCACAGCAUCCUUCUUGACCCCCAAGGUCAGACCCAGACGGAACUCAUGCCACGACGGGAUGUUCUGGACAAGGUGCCCGACACGCAGGCCGAAGUGUUUGUCAGCGUCCAAGGUGACAUCCUGGCUGAGACCAUCCUGGGCAGCCUGACCCCCGGGGAAGUGCAGCAGCUGCUGAGGGUCCCCAGCGGCUGCCCGGAACAGACGCUGAGCAAACUGGCUCCGGUGAUCAUCCUGACGGGCUACCUGGACGCCACCGGCCAGUGGGGCAAAGUCGGGGUGGAGCUCCGGGACCAGGUGAUGAAGAAUAUCGUCACAGGUUACACCCGGAUGCUGAGCCACCAGAGUGGAGAUGGCACCUUCCAUGUCACCAAGGGAAGCCCCGGAAGCACCUGGCUGACCAGCUACGUGUUCCGGAUCUUCGCCCUGGCCUACCCCGUGAUGUCAGUCAAGGUGCUCAGCCUGUCGUCCCUCUGCGACAUGGCCGACUGGAUCAUCACCCAGAGGCAGGCGGAGGACGGGCACUUCCUGGAGAAGGGCCCUGUGCUCAUGGAGUCCAUGCAGGGCGGCUACAGAGGCUCUGAAGCAGACAUAUCCCUCACGGCUCUGGUUCUGAUCGCCCUGGAUGAGGGGAAGGAGCUGUGUGGCCUGAAGACACCGAAUUUGGUUGGCAGCAUCGAGAGAGCCUGCGGAUUUCUGGAGACACAACUCCCUCAUAUCAACACAACCUUUGCCAUGGCCAUAGCCUCCUAUGCAUUGGCACUCGCCAAGAGCCCCCGAGCCAACAGCCGCCUGGACAGCUUUGCCAGCCACGACAAAACCCACUGGCCCGUGGGCGACCUGAACCAGAACUCUUUGUACACUGUGGAGGCCACCGCCUAUGCGCUGAUGCAGAAGCUGCAGCUCGGCCGGUACAAUGAGACGCACGCCAUCGCCAAGUGGCUGCUGGAGAAACGCGAGCUGGGAGGCGGCUUCGGGUCCACUCAGACCACGGUGGUGAGCCUGGAAGCCCUGACCCGCUUCAGCUUAGCUGUCCCCUUCGAGGGAAUCCAGGAUCUCCACGUCCAGAUCAGCGCCCCCAAGAGGGCCUUGAAUGUGAAGUGGACCAUUGAUCAGAACAAUGCUCACCUACAGCGGUCAGCGAAGUUCUUGGCCCAGGACGACCUAGAGAUCAAAGCCAGUGGCAGCGGAAGAGGCACCAUCUCGAUCCUGACCAUGUACCGCCGGUCCCCGGAGUCCUGGGAGGGCAGCUGCAACAUGUACCACCUCAACGUGACACUCCAGAGCGUCCCAGAAGAAAAUAAAAAGGGAGAGGAGACCUUCCAGCUCCGAAUGGAAACAAGGUUCCAGGGCGACCGAGAUGCCACCAUGACCAUCAUGGAGGUCUCUCUGCUCACCGGCUUCUACCCCGACCAGGAUGACCUCAAACAGCUCACCAGCGACGUGGAGAUGUAUGCCUUCCAGUACGAGACCAAGACCAGCGCCAGCAACAGCUCUGUGGUUCUCUACCUGGAAAAGCUCUCCCACAGGGAAGACACGGUGCUGGGCUUCCGGAUCCACAGGAUGCUGCAGACCGAGUUCCUACAGGCCGCCCUGGUCACCGUCUAUGACUACUACGAGCCUUCCCGGAGGUGCAGCGCCUUCUACAACCUGCCGGCCGAGCCGUCGGCGCUGCGGAGGAUCUGCCUCAGGGACGUCUGCAGGUGUGCCGAAGAACAGUGCCCGCGCCUGAGGCAGGACGGCGGCAGGCUGCGGCAGGAGGAGCUCCAGGCGGCCGCGUGCGAGCCCGGCGUGGACUUCGUGUACAAGGCCAGGCUGGAGGCUGUGGAGGCCGCUGCCUCGAACCCCUACGUCUACUACCGCAUGCAGCUGCAAGCCAUUAUCAAGAGCGGUACGGACCCUACCAUGACCCUCAGCAUGAAGAAAUUCGUCAUCCACGCCUCCUGCCAUGACUCCCUGGGGUUGCAAGAACAGGAGUCCUACCUCAUCAUGGGCCAGACAUCAGACCUGUGGAGAGUCAAAUCUGAGUGCGUGGGGGCACCUCCUGCCCCAGGACCUGAGCCUAGAGAUACAACUACGCGCUGGGCAAGGAGACGUUCCUCAUGCUUUGGCCGGCAGACGGGGACGGGGCCAAGAAGGAAGAGCUGGACCAGCUGGAGGAAUUUGCAGAGUACAUGGGCAACCACGGCUGCGAAACAUGAGACCGGGGCCUCUGCCGCUCUCGGGAGGGCGCCUCUCAGAAAGUCUGGCUCACAGGGCGUAACCCCAAAUAAAGCGCCCGCCUACCGUGUUCAGACUGCAGACGCGUUCCCUCCCGCCCACAGCAGGCCGCGCACAGCCUGCCCCUUCCCGCCUCGUUCCCACCACAGGCUUUGUACUUACAACCCCCCCCCCCCCUAUUUUUAUGGUGCUGUAUGGUGGCACAGUGGUGGGAUCUGCUGCUGCACGUUGGGACACACACAGACAAACAGUCCCGGGCACCCAGCCCUCGUCCCUUUCUCUGCUGAUCUCCCUUUGGUUUUCAUGAGACCCCCCCACACACCUAUCUUUUCCUUCUCCCUCUCUAGUUUCUGCAUAUGAGAGAAAACAUAUGACUUACCGCACUGAACAUGUCUUUUGGUUCCAUCCAUUUUCCCACAAAUGACAGAAUGUCAUUUUUCUUUACAGCUGAAAAAUACUCCACUGUGUAUAUAUAUCACAUUUUUUUUUUUAAAUUGGGAAUUGAACUC